AUGGAAAGCCUUGACGUCACAGAAAAUAAAAACGAUCUAGAAGGUAUUCCGUUAGAAGAAUUCGACUUUGAGAAAUUUGCGGACGAGACUGAAGGAAAUAACGACAAGCUAGAAGAUACCUCAGAAAAUGAUCUAUAUUUGGACGACGACUAUAAAGAACAUGAUCUCGCAAUAGAGGGAUUCACGGGUGAUGUUACUUCAGAAAAUACGACGGGCAAAUUAGUUCUUACGCAAGAAGACGUGAUAAGCGAAAAUUAUUAUUUAAAAGACAAAGAAAUGGGGCAUGUUCCUGAAGAAAGGAAUAGUGAAGAUAUUUCAGGCAAGAAUCAGGCAAAUUGCGAUCCUUUGAAGGAUAACAAUAUAUCUAGAAAUGAUAUUAGCAAAGAUUUGGAAUUAUCUAAAGAAAAUGAUAAUAAUAUAAUGGAUAAAACAAAAGAAAAUGAUAUUUCAAGAAAAGACGAUCAAAAAAUGGAGUCUAAGCAGGAUGAUGUGUUAGAAUAUUAUGACGAAGAAAACGAACAAGGUCUUGAUUAUUUGGAGGGAAAUCACGAAGAUAUAUUGGGAUUACAAGAAAAUGUUCAAGUUGUUCUCACGCAAGAGGAUAUGCUAAGUGAUGACGAUAUCCUCGACACAAAUGAUAAUGAACCCGAAAUUUCAGAUAGGGGGGUUGUGGGGAUGACUUCUGACAUGCCCGUUAAGAAAACUUAUUCGCGGAAGGAGAAGAAUGAGCGAGAUAUGGAUGUUGAAGAAAAUGACUCAGUUUUCGAAGAACUCGAUUAUUCGGAUUAUAAUAAAAAUGAAAUUGGAUCGAGAAAUGAAUCAGGGAUUCACACUGAGGCCGAAGAAGAUGUGAAUUCUAACGUGAAUGAGGAUGGACAAAAUCCAAUAGAAAAAAUGAAUAAAAACCGAUUCGAUCUCAAUGACAAAGAAGCCGGCGUUGUGGGGAAAAAUAAAUCUAACGUUGUCCUCUCUCAGGAAGAUAUGUUGGAGGAUGAAUUUCUGGAGGGCAUGUUGGAUGAUGAGGAAUUUCUUAAUAAUAUUGACAAAAAUGGAGACAAGCCGGAUGAUGGUUUUUCAGAUGACAAUUUUGACAAUGAAACAGCAGGAAAUGAGAAGCAACAUGUUGACUUAUCAUCACAGGAUAUGCUGGAAGAAACUAAAAUUCCUGAGCCAGAUAAUUAUAUCAGAGAAGCAGAAAAGAAGAAGUUCAGACCAUAUGAUGAUUUUACUAAACCUCAGGCUACAUUCCAACCGGGUUCCACGCCUAUGAAAAAUCAUCGUCAAUAUUUGGCUAUGAAUAGCGUUGGAAGUAUUUCCACCAUGGAACAUGAAACAUUCUCAACCAUCACUGUGGAAUACCAUGAUCAGUCUCACAAUCGAGGUUACAACCUUCGUGAUGAUUUUAACUAUUCUAUGGCCUGUCUAGAUGCCAAUGGAGCUCUGUUUGCCACUGAGUCUGUUAAGGUGAACGCCGUGGAUACUAACCCUAGUAUUUUAUUCUACAAACCACGAGAAACAUGGGCUGCAAAGGGUGAGUGGAUGCUGACACUUCCGCAUGAUGAGGAUAUAAUAGCUAUUGCAUUAGGUUCUGAAGGAAUAAUUGCGUCAACCUCAAAGGGUGUCCUGCGAUUCUUCUCUCUCUGUGGUGUUCAGACAUAUAUCUUCAAUCUAUCAUCAGUGGUUUCCAUGGUGGCUCGAAAUGAAUUUGCUUUAAUCGUCUAUAAUAUGGGAAUUGGUUAUAAAGGAUCCCAGAGUAUUGGAUAUAUAUUAUAUGAUUUUCGAAGUCGGGAAAUUCUGCAAAGGGAUCGAAUGCCAAUUUCAAAAGACUCAAUCUUACAAUGGAUAGGUUUUUCUGAGGAAGGGAUGCCCGCAAUGUUUGAUUCCAAAGGAGUACUCAGCGUACUUCACCAUUAUCGCACAAAUAAUCAAGGUAGAUGGAUACCCAUACUCGAUACUAGUCUUAAUCGAAAGGAGGAAGAAAAGGAAUGGGUAUAUUGGCCUGUGUGGCUUAAUGAAAACAAAUUGAUCUGUUUUAUUUGCAAGAACGGAGAACAAUAUCCCAGCAUACCUCGUCCUAGUUUUGAUGAGGUCAAUUUGCAAAUUCCACUGUUGAACUUGGACAAGAAAGAUGGCCAAUACGAAGAAAAGGUUAUGCGAAUGUCUGUUAUCACGAGAUUCGAAUUUGAUGAGGCGAAGGCAAGAAAUUCAUUGGAAUGGGAACGCGAGAAAAUCAAGCAGAAGAAUAAGGAAAUAAACGAUACUCUAUUGGAACUGAUAAUGUUAUCCUGUCAAGAAGAAAAACUUCAACGUGCAUUGGAUUUGGCAAAAAUGUUAAGUACAACAAAGUCUUUGGAUAAGGCAAUUAAAAUCGCAAAUUUCAAGAAACUUCCAAUAUUAGCCGAGAAAAUCAAUCAGAUCAAGUCGGUUAGUUUCAGUCCUUUGAUUACUCUUUUGUCGAUAAUUUUCUACAUGGAUACGGGUAAAUUAUUAACCUUGCCUUACCCUGCAUCAGAACAAAAUAACAGAGAUGCACAAAGCACAGAUGAUGAUAUCGCCUUCUCCAUUUCGAACACAAAAUCAAACUUUAAAUCACACAAGCCAUUAGAUGAUAUUCUAUUUCUAUCUUCAAGGAUCGCACAUUCGCCACCUUUAAAUACGUCGUCUUAUCGCCAAAAUCUUUCUAAUGCAUUGGAUACAUCGGGCGGUUACGAUUCACUAACAUUUGGAAGCGAAGGAGACAAUGAGUUGAUGAUUAGUACCUCCAGUACUUCGAGUAGUUAUGAUACUCAAACCGGCUCGAAACGGCGUGUACAAGAAAUUGAACAUGAUGACCUAUAUUAUGAUGAAUCACCGAAGGUCAAAAAAACCAACCAAGUUGGAACCAAGAAGAAUCCGUUUCUCCAAAAACCCAAUAAUCCCAUCAUAAACCCUUUCGCCGUUUCAAAUGAAUCAAAUGCUGAUGAGGAACCGGAAACAAAAAAAGCGAAAACAAUCAAAGAAAAUAAAAAAGUGGCACAAAAAAGGCAAGCAAAAUUGGGCGAGCAUUUUGGCGGUGUUACGAAAGAAACAAGUGAUGGUCAAGACAAAGAACAAGAAACAGAAUCGAUAAAUUCAAUGGCAGAGCUAGGACCUGGAACGUACAACACGGAGGUUAAUGAGGAAAGAAGAGAAGAUGAUAUUACUGCGGGUGAAAAACAAAGUGAGGUUAUUGUCGAAGAGGAGACGGAUACUGCCGUGCUUGAGACUAAUGUUAUAGAUAAGGACAUUGAAGAAUUUAACGAAUUUGAAGGCGAUCCCACGGAAUCGCAAUAUCUCAUGGACUUUGAUCUUGAACAAAAUCCCAUGGAUCUUGAACAAAUUCCGGCCGAUUAUGAACAAGAUCCUUCAGCUGUUCCGGAAGAAGCAUGA